CCCUCUCUCUCUCUCUCUCUCUUUCUCUCUUCCCGUCGUCGACUCCCAUUUCCAGCUCUUCCGAUCGACUUCGCCGGCGAAAAGCUAGCGUUUUUCCGGGCGCCCAUUUCGCGACUUUGGAAGAUGCGGUCCCUGGAGGAAGCCGUCGAGUCCGCCAUCGCGAUUUCGCGGCGCGGCGGCCACGAUUCCGCCGCCGUCGGAGGGAGCUUCGUCAUCGGCCCGAACAUGUACGGCUGGCUCUUCGAGUGCCACGGGUUCUGGCACAGUGCUCUGAUCGCGUCCGCGCUCGCGUUCGCGCUCUACUUGGCCGCUCAGGCGAGGAAGAGCUUCUCGAAGCUGUCGAGCGGGAGGUCCUCCAUCAUGAUCGCCUAUUACGGCUGCCUCUGGCUCGCCAGCUUGCUCAACCUGACCUGGUGCUCUUUACAGGCAUGGGAAUGCACUGCUGGGAAAGAAGUGGCCUGGAACAUCUUGUCUUUGUUUACAACGUCUGGAAUGCUCUUUCUUGAAGUAAGCUUGGUGGCCUUCUUGCUUCAAGGGAACUCAGCAAGUGGGCUGCAUGCACUUACUCGUACAUUUGUUGUCUCGGGGCUCAUUGUUGGUUUGGAUCUUCUUCUCAAGGCAAUUUAUCUUUUUGCAUUUGGAAUCCCUUUGUUUAUCGACGACAUUGAUAAUCCUCAUAGGGUUAAAUGGGGCUUGUGGGUAGUCCACCGACUGGUGCUUACGGCAGUUUAUGGUUCUAUAUUGUUCAUGUAUCAUUCCAGGUGGAGAGAAAGGCUACCUGCUAGACCAGCGUUUUACAGGUAUGUAAUCAUCAUGCUCAUCAUGAAUGCACUAGCUCUAUUUGCAUGCGGCGUAACUGGAAAUGGAGCUGGCUUUGGAUUGUGGUUGUACGGUGCCACAAUCGUCUGCUAUCAUGCCUUCUACCUUCCCCUUUUGUAUUUCACAUUUCUAGCUGACUUCUUCCAGGAGGAGGACUUGCAAUUGGAGAACGUGUACUACUCUGAAAUGAAGGACGCGGGUUUCUUCGAUGGAGACUGGGAGUGAUCAAGUCGCUUCAAAUCAUGAGCAAUUGUAUCGGGAAAAUUGUAGAUAAAGAGUAAAUAUCGCCCUCAUGGCUGAACGCGUGCUAUGUAAUGUGUAAAAUGGCAUCCAUUUUUGUGUGGGAUUAGUCUCUGCAUCAAUGUUGUGAAAGUUGUUCACGCAUGCCUCGUUGUUGUAGGUCGUGAAUGGUUCAGGGUCGAGUCAAUAAUCAUUCUCCAUCGUGUAUAAUUUCUUCUUCCGCUGUAGACUGGAUAUCUGGCUGUCGUUGUCAUUCUUCAAUAUGAUUAUAAGCAUGUAGAUACUAGUGGAA